AUGGUCGGCGCACCCAACGGCGCUCGCCGCGAGUCGAUGCUGCCUGCAGCAGGUCAGCAAGCGAGCACCAUGGCCGUCAAAGUCGUCGUCCGCAUCCGACCGAGCACGACCGCCGACGGCGCCGCCAACCUGCCCGCCCGCUUCCAGCGCAUCGCCGUUCACCCUCUCGGCACAUCCAGCCUGCAAGCCGACAACCCCGCUCCCGGCGCAGGCGGCUCGGUCAACACGGCGGCGGCGGGCGCCGGCAAAGCCGCCAAGCAGACGUUCACCUACGACCGCGUCGUCGCGCCCGACGAGGGCCAGCUCGCCGUGUACGAGGCAGCGCAACCUCUCGUCGCCUCGUUCCUCGACGGCUACAACACGACGCUCCUCGCCUACGGCAUGAGUAGCUCGGGCAAGUCGUACACGAUGGGCACCGACAUCGACGGCGCCUCGACCGACCCGGACCGCCAGGGCCUCACGCCUCGCGCCGUCGCCGACAUCUUCGACCGCCUGUCGGCCCUCCAGCGCGACUCGCGAGGCGGCUUCUCGUUCGACGCCAAGGUGUCGUACCUCGAGAUCUACAACGAGGACCUCAUCGACCUCCUCGCCGGCGGCGCCGACGUCCGCCCGACGGUGCAGAUCCGCGAGGACAAGGGCGGCCAGAUCCUGCUCCAGGGCAUCCGCGAGGUCAAGGUGUCGAGCGCGGCCCACGUCAUGGACCUCCUCGCGCAGGGCUCGACGCUGCGGCAGACGGGCGCGACCGACAUGAACGCCCAGAGCUCCCGCUCGCACGCCAUCUUUUCCCUCACCGUCACCCGGCGCAAGUGGACCGGCCCAGGUCCUCCUCCCUCGGCCCCGUCGACCCCGUCCUCGCCCCAGAACCGCCGCAUGUCGGCUCUGCCUCGCAUGUCGAGCCCGGCACCACCCGGUCGCGCCGGCACGCCCACCGGCGACCGCCCCGCCAGCCGGUUCGGCCUGCGCCCAACGAGCUCGCUCGGCCGUCCCAGCACGCCGAGCACCGCGUCGAGCGACGACGUCGAGGGCAGCUGGACCGUGACGACGUCCAAGCUGCACUUUGUCGACCUCGCCGGCUCGGAACGGCUAAAGAGGACGGCGGCGGCAGGUGACCGGGCCAAGGAGGGCAUCUCGAUCAACGCCGGCCUGUCGGCGCUCGGCAACGUCAUCAGCGCGCUCGGCGACCCGUCCAAGAAGGCGACCCACGUCCCGUACCGCGACUCGAAGCUCACGCGUUUCCUGCAAGACUCGCUCGGCGGCAACGCCCGCACGAUGAUGGUCGCCUGCGUCAGCCCUGUCGAGCUCAACCUCGCCGAGACGCUCAACACGCUCCGGUACGCCAACCGCGCGCGCAACAUCAAGAACCGCGCCGAGGUCAACGAGGUCGAGCAGGGCUGGGACGACGUCGAGUACCUUCAGCGCACGAUCGUCAAGUUGCGCGGCGAGCUGUCGGCCAUCAAGGCCGGCGACGGCGCCGCGCUCGCCCGUCGCAGCCUCGACCUGUCGUCGGCGCCAGCAGAAGCCGAGCUGCAGCAGAAGAUCGCGCACCUCACGGCCGAGCUCGCCGUUGCACAAGCCGCCGCCCCGAGCAGCCCGACGACGCCGACCGCGACCGCGCCCCUCUCGCGCGACCAGUUCGCCGCCGCCGUCGAGCCCAUCGUCGAAGAGUACGAGCGUUCCCUGUCGGCGCUCGAGAGCCAGCUCGCGCUCACUCGGGCCGCGCUCGGCCACUCGGACGAGGAGAUGCGCGAGCUCGAGGCCCGCAUCGGCGAGGAGCAGCACGCCAACGAGGCCAACCUCGCCCUCGUCGACGAGUUGCGCCUGCGCGUCGCCAAGCUGUCCGAGCGCGAGGAGACGACCGAGGCGUACGUGCGCGACCUCGAGGCGCGCCUGCGCGACGUCGACGACGCCGACGAGUCGCACGGCGCAGCUGUCGGCGCCUUGCGCAAGGAGCUCGCCCGCAACCGCGAGCAGGCGGCGGCGACCGAGCUCCACGUCCAGGAGCUCGAGGGGCGCCUCGCCUCGGCCGAGGAGGGCAACGCCGCCCUGCGGCGCCAGAUCGAGAUCCUCGAGCGCGACGUCGCCCACCGCGAGGAGUCGCACCGCGACCUCGAGGCUCGCGUGCAGCUCCUCGACAGCUCGGCCGACAGCAAGAAGCUCCUCGCCGAGAUCGACGACAAGGACCGCCGUCUGCUCGACCUCGAGCGCGAGCUCGACGCCGUCAAGGUCCAAGCCGGCACGGCGACCGACGAGGCGUCGCGGUUGCACAAGCUUGCGCAGGACGAGAAGGCGCUCAAGGAGGAGCUCGAGAGCCGCGUCCGCACGCUCGAGAACGGCCAGGCGCGCAACCUCGUCGCGACGCCGCCACGCACGCCCGCCAUGCGCUCGAGCGACGCGUCGUCGCUCGCCCCACCCGACCUCGACGCCGUCGCUGCCGCAGCAUCCGCGACCGACGAGCAGGCGGCCGUCGUCGACGCGCUCCGCAAGCAGGUCGCCCAGCUCCAGCACGCCCGUGACGAGACGACGAGCGAGCUCGACUCGGCCAAGGCCAAGUACGCCGAGUCGCUGCGCGAGAUCGACGACCUCAACGCGCAAGUGCAGGAGGCCCGCCUCUUGCGGUCGCAGGCGUCGGCGUCCGACCUGAGCGACGCGGGCCUGUCGCCCUCGUCGUCGCGGUUCGCCGGUCCUCGGCGAGUCGGCGGGCAGGACGACGACGAGGACGAGGACGAGGUCGAGGAGCUCGCGUCGUCGUCCGUCGUCGGCGGCAAGAACGGCUCGUCAGCGGCGCGCCGAGCGACGGGCCCGCGCACGCCGCACGCGCGCCGGAGCAUGCCGCUGUCGCCGCAGCAUCGGCUGUCUUUUCUCGGCCGCGGACAGGGAGCUGUGUCGCCUGCGCAUUUGCGCUCGGCUUCACUCUCGCAGGAGCUGUCCUCGGCGGCGUCAUCGCAAACCUCCUGCCCGACGAUUCCCCAACCCGUGUCGCCCUCGCCGAGCUCGCACUCUCGACGCGAGAGCUUCUUCGCCCCGUCGUCGACCUCGUCGACGAGCAACGGCGUCGGCGACCGGAGCUAUGAGCAGAUGAAGAGCGAGGUGCUCAAGCUCCAGGCGGCCCUCGACCAACGCGACGCCGAGAUCUCGGACCUCGAGGCGACCGUCCAGCACUUCCGCUCGCCGUUCGCCUCGUCUGCGCCCUCGCCCUCGGGCGACCGCUCCUUCCCUUCCUUCCCCGUCAUCACCGAGCGACCGGCGACCCCACCUCCUCUCCCUGCCUCGUCCGACGCCGACCUCCUCCUGUCGCCGCACACGCGCUCCCACUUUGACGCCCUGCGAGCGUCCGUCGGCGGCGCCGAUCCCGCGACGGUCGGCCUCGGCCUGUCGACCGCACCCGACGACGCCGCCCUCACGGCCUCUCGCCUCGACGACCUCAUGCGCUCGAUGGCGCAGAAGGAGUCGGCGCACCGCGAUGCUGUCGACGUCCUCGAGGGCGAGCUCGCUCAGCUGCGGCGCCAGCACGACGAGCUCGUCGUCCUGUCCAAGACGCAGGUCGAGAACAUGUCGGCCGAGAUUGAGCAGCUCCGGCGCGAGCUCGACGAGCGGCCAGCCCGAGGCGCUCUCGAGGUCGAGAUGGAGAAGCUGCGGGACGACGCGAGGGUCAAGGCGGACGAGCUGGCGGCGGCGAGGACGGCGCACGAGGACGAGCUCGGCCAGGUCAAGGCGGCCCUCAUGGACGGCGCAGCCGAGCACCAACGCGCCCUCGAGUCGACGCUCGGCGACCACUCGGCCACGAUCGACAGCCUGCGGGCCGACCACGCGGCCGCACUCGGCUCCUUGCGCGUCGAGCACGUCGUUGCUCUCGAGCGAGCAGUUCUCGACCGCGAUGAGGCGGUCCGCUCGUCGCUCGGCGAGGCCUCCUCGGUCGAGCACGAUCGGCUGCGCUCGGAGCUCGCCGUCACGCUCAAAGAGCGCGGCAGCGCCCAUGCCGCCGAGGUCGCGGCACUUCGUGCGUCGCACGAGGCGGCGCUCGAGCAGGUCGCGGCCGGCGCGGCCGAGUCGGCCGAGCGAGAGCGGGCGCAGGUCGUCGCCGCCCAUGCCGCCGAUCUCGACGCCCUGCGCUCCUCCCUCGCCUCGAGCUCGGCGGCCGAGCUCGACCGCCUCCGCACUGAGCACUCGAGUGCUCUCCAGCAGCGAGCGCUCGCCCAUGCCGCCGGGCUCGACGAGCUGCGGAACUCGCUCGGCGAGUCGGCGUCCGCAGCACUUGACGGCGUCCGCGCCGAGCAUGCCGCCGCGCUCGACACGCGCGCCGCAGUUCACGCCGACGAGCUCGCCGCCCUGCGCACCACGCACGGCGCAGCGCUCGCGGCUGCCUCGGAGAACGCCCUCGAGGUGACCGAGCGGGCUCGUGUCGAGCUCGUCGCCGCGCACGUCGCCGAGAUCGAGGCGCUGCGCACCUCGCACGUCCACGAGCUCGCAGCGCGUGCAAGCGGCGGAGCCGAGGAGGUCGAGCUCGCGCUGUCGAGCCUCGCCGCUCGUCACGAUGGAGCGCUCGAGGCGCUCAAGCGCGAGCACGCCGAGGCGCUCGAGCGGGCGCGGUCCGAGACGGCCGAGCAGGCGCAGGCGGAGCUUGAUGCUGUCAAGAGCCGGCACGAGCAGGAGCUGUCGGCCGUUCGAGCGAGCCUCGGCGACGAGCGCGAGCAGGCCAUGUCGGCCCUCAAGGAGGAGCACGAGAAGGCGCUCGCCGAUCUUCAGCAGCUCCACGCCUCGACGACCGACGACCUUCGCUCCACCCUGUCCGCCGAGCACGCCUCCCUCCUCGCCUCGACGCAGCAAGAGCACGCCGACGCGUUCGACCUACUUCGUCGCGAGCACGGCACGUCGCUCGAGCAGCGUCAAGCCGAGCACGUCGCCGCUUUCUCGGCGCUCGAGCACCUGCACGCCGACAAGCUCGAGAAGGCCGUCCAGGACGAGCGAGCGAGGCUCGUCGUCGAGCACGAGCAGGCGUCCGAGGCGCUCAAGGCGCAACACGCCGAGGCGGUCGAGCAGGUGCAGGCGGCGGCCGCGAGCGAGCGCGCUGCUCUGCAGGCGCGGCACGCCCAGGAGGUCGAGGCGGCCGAGUCAGCGGCGGCCUCUUUGCGAGUCGAGCACGAUCGCGCGGUCGACGCUGCCCAGCAGAGCCACGUCGCCGACCUCGACGAGCUCAAGGCCGCCUUGUCGUCCGAGCACGCUUCGGCGGUCGAGCGGCUCGGAGGCGAGCACGCGGCGGCGCUCGACGCCUUGCGCGACGAGCACGUUCGCGCCGUCGCCUCGCUCCGCGACGAGCACGCACGCGCGAUCGACUCGCUGCACGUCGAGCACGCCGGCGUCGUCGACCAGGCGUCGACCCGGGACCAGGACGCCGUCGUCGCCCUCGAGGUCGACCGCGACGCGCUCAAGCAGGCCCACGAGGAGCUCGAGGUCGCCCUCUCGGCCACUCGCGACGAGCUCGUAUCGGCCAAGGAGAGCCUGUCGAUCGUCGUCGCCGAGCGCGACGGCCUGUCGCAGCGCCUCGACAAGCUCGCGGCGCAGCACGCCAACUUUGUCGCCGACCACGCCAAGGAGGUCAACUCGCUGCGCCAGACGCUCAAGGUCCAGCAGCACGCUCCCUCGACCUCGGCGUCGUCGUCUGGCGACCUGCAGGAGGCGCUCGCGGCGCUGUCGUCGGUCGAGCAGGCGCACGACGAGGACGAGCGACACGCCGCCGUCGAGCAAGCUCGCGCCGCCGCCUCUCGCCUCGACACCGCCCUCGCCCAAGCUCGCCAGGAGCGCGACGGGCUGUCGACCAAGCUCGCGCGCAUGUCGCUCUCGUCGGCGUCGGCCGCUCCGCUCGGACUCGGCCUGCGAGCCCAAUCACCGCCUGUCGGGCCCGCCGCUCCGCCGGUGGACGCCUUUUCGGCGCUCUCGAGUCGCGCCAAGUCGCCGACGGGCGAGCUCGACCGCGCCACGUCGCCGCCGCUGCGCAACGAGCGCUUCCUCAGCAACGGCUCGACCUUUAGCCUCAAGGCGCCGCCGCCCACCCCGCCGCCGACCGUCCCUCCUCCACCUGCGCCGCACCCUACCGCACCUCUCCCGCCGCUGCCGCAAGAGUCGCCGAGUCGGACGGUCGGCCGGCGUGCGUCGAACUCGUCCGUCACGGCGUCCACCUCGCCCGAGCAACGGCGUGGCUCGCUCGGGCCCGACCCGUCGGCGGCGGCGGCCCAGGCGCACGCGCAGGCGACGCUCGACGCGGCGCGUGCCCUCAAGGAGCAGCACGAGCGGCUCAAGCAGCGCCUCGCACAGCGCGACGCCGAGUACCAGUCGCAGGUGGACCUCGUCAACACGCUCGAGUCGGCGCUCAACGACUCGGAGCGCAACCUGCGCAAGGCGCGGCUCCAGUCGAACGAGUAUGCGCGCGAGCGGGACCAGCUCAAGGAGCAGGCCGACCGGCUGCGGCUCGAGGCGCAGGACAACCACUCGACGAGCGAGUCGUACCGCCAGAGCGUGAUCGACAUGGAGGAGCGCCUGCAGGAGCAGCGCAACCGCGAGCAGAGGGCCGAGCGCGCGAGGCUGGACCUUGAGGCGCGCAUGGCCGAGGUCAACAAGCGCAAGAGCAAGUUCGCCUGCUUCUAGACCGUCGUCACUCGUUCGACCCUACCCCUGCAUCAUCCCCUCGCACUCGCAAAGAUACCCCGUCGGCGUCGUCGUCGUCGUCGUCGCCAGCGCUCGUUCCCCUUCUCAUGUCUCUCUCUCUCUCCCGAGUUGUUAUCGCGUCGGCCGGUGUUGUAGUGACGCUGCACUUGUGAUUUGUUUCAGAGAG